GCUUUUUGCCCCGGUCCGUUUUCGCACAGUCUCCGUCCGAACGCGGUGCCGUCCACAAUUGGCGAUUUUUGACUGUGACACACUCCGACCGCGUAACCCACUGGGACGCGCACGAAAGCUGUUUAGUGCUACGUAAAACGAAAACGCGUGCGUACGCGCGUACGCCACCUAAACCUCCGAAACGGUGCACGAAUUGAACGAAAGCAAAUUAAUAGUCUAACCCGCGACUAACCAACCACGGGCACGGGCAAAGAACUGGUCCGUUUUCACGAUCACGAGCUCAAACGAGGCACAGAGCGAGCGAGGGGGAAACAAAAAAAGAAGGAUGCUAAUUGCAGUGUGUGUAGUAAUGUGACGUAAACGCGUAAUGCUAAUCAUUUGUGUGAAGGAAAGAUUUCAACCGCGCAACAAGUGACAAACCCGUUUUUUGUUGAUGUUGGUGCAGCUGCCGUUGUUGAUUUUAAAUUAGUUUACUCUAAAAGCACACUAAGUGAAUUAAGCUCGUCGUUACUAAGUGUACGUGUGUGGGUGUGUGUUUGUGUGUUAAGAAAAAAUUGUUCUUAUCAUUUAACAAUCCCUCAAGUGCGUCAAUCUCCUCCCGUGCGUCUAUGGGUGUAAUUUUACUCUUUCGAAAAGCAGGCGGUUUAAAAUAUCACAUUCCAGCACGCGCGUGCUCGCGCCUCUUGAGUGAUUGCUUCCGCUUCGGGGUUUUGGUGGUUACAAGGAGUUACCAGCGGCCCAGAGGCGCAAUCCACAUUACGUUAAGACGAUUGUACGAAGCUGAACGCUUCUUCUGCUGCUUAAGAAGAAGCAUCGCCAUCAUUGAAAUAAAAGCCCACUACUCCUCCACUGACAAUACUCCGGACCACCAAUCCGCGGGCCCUCGACACGAAGGUCCCCCACGCACCACCCUACCGAACGGUACCGUUCGCAAGGAGCACCCCGAGAACCUGUCCCAGGAAGCGUUACGCCGUGAAGCGGAGUUCGUACUUGCGCAGGCCGAUAAAAUCGAUCGCUCCAGCCAAGCCGCGGCCAAGCAGUACAGCCAGCCUGGCGAACCACUCGAUGCGGCACGGUUCAAUUCGCUGCCCUCGCGCUCCAAGUCACGCACGAAGAAGGUCACCCGGUCGGUGAGUGACGCCGCCUCGAAAAAGCACUCCAAGAGCCUGUUGAGCCUGUUCAGCCGUAAGCCGGCGGCGGAUGAGCAAAGCGCACCGCGGCCCCAAGCACCCUCGAGCGGCAGAAGCGGCACCCUUGGCCGGAGCAAAAGUGAUGUUGGCCGGAACGGCGCCACACCAGUGAAGCAGCGCAAAGUGGUACCGCGCCGGGCGACGCAGGAACUCGGCGAGCUACGAUCCACGGGCACGGUCACGCGAAAGCAUGACCCACUGACGCCGAUCAUCGAGGCAUCACCGCUCGAGUACACGCAACAGGUCGAUCCGCUGACGGCACAGCUAGCACGGCGCGGUCGGGCCGUGUCCGAGGAGCCGAAACCAUCGACCAGGCUCGCAGCACCGCCGAAACCGGGCGUUAUGGAAACGAUCACGCUGCUGCGCUCGUCCAACAGCACUGCCAAAUCCCAGGACGCACUGCACAGCUCGCAGCUGCCGCCGGAGAAGCCUCACCUUACCAAGGGCGUCACGGUGGAGAACAUCGUCAAGCGGUUGUCGAGCGAGCGGCACACCUCCCCUCCGCCAUCGCAGAUCGUGGGCGGUGGGUUUUCGUACACCCGCGGAUCGGGCGAGCAGCCGAUCGUAUACGCGCAGGUUGUCGCCAACGAGACGAACAAAUCGAAACACACCGUCAAGCAGCAGCACUAUCCCUCGACCGAAGAGGAAGACCCAGCCACCAUGUGGACAGCGGGUGAGAGUAAGUUGAGACCGUCGGGAGGAUUCCUGGACACGACGCAACGUCCGAGUCCUCCGCUGCCGAAGUAUCGGCUGGAUGAGGCCGAUCAUUCGCCGCUCACGAUCAAUGGAAUAAGGCGUAAGCUGCACACAAACAGCGACGAGGAUGAAGGGCUCGGGAUCGACUACGCCCGGCAGAAGCAGGCUCAGGAGCGUUAUAAGUCGUCCGCUUACGUGCACACAUCGAGCAGCACGACGCGUACAUCGCCCAAGUCUUUCCUUACCAACUCGGACGAGGAUCCACCGAUCGCACCGAGUAUCGUGCGGUUGACACCAACGGAGAAGAACUUCUCCAGCAGCUACAGCGUCCACUACCGUGGCCAGGCAGACGGGAAGGAACAUCUGCCCGAGUUCCAUGAGCUCAGUCAACGACGGGAGAUUCUGGAGUCCCGUAUACGAUCGCGCAUUGGAUCGCGUGAUCUGCUCGAUCGGAUGUCACCGGAGAGGACGGUACCGGUUCCGAUUCAGCUAACAUCUGGAGGACAUCGAACGAGUAACAGUAGCAGUACGACCAAGUACCGUACGACCACCGAACGUCGCUCGGUGGAUCGGGUACUGGAUCGUCAUGAGUCACCGGUGCGCAGGAGUACGCUCUCCCCGACUCCAACAUACCGAGAAGCAUCGCAGGAGCGUGGUGCAGUGCCGCGAAGAAAUUCCCGUGGAUAUGUGGAGACGUUCGUGACAAAAACGGUCGUCAAUCGGGAUGGUAAACCCGUGUCGGAGGAGUACGUGGAGCGAUACAAGUAUCCGGGCGAGAGUGUGGAAGCCGUAACAAGCUCCAGGACGGUGUACGAUCGUGAAGGAUCGGCAGGACGUACGGAGGUUCAACGAUACAAUUGUUACGUCCCGGAGCAACAGGGUGGAACAAGCAGCUACACCACGCGUCACACGGUCGACAAGGGAGAUUCGGGCAUUGAGAACGAUUUCCGCAAGGAUUCGUUCAAUCAUGAGUUUAUCUCGGGGACAAAGUUUACGCUGACGGAGAACGUACGCGCUUGUGAGGACUUCCUGCGCAUGGAGCGAACGCACACGAACAGCUGCAUGAGGAAGCCGAGGAAAGCGCACGUCUACCGGGAACGGAGCAUCGAUGAUGGAUCGCGGUACGAUCCACGUUUGGAUGAGAUAUCGGCUAGUCGCAGCUACACCCGAGACAGCACGCUCAAGUCUUCGCUGAAGGCUGACAAGAAGGCUGGAGGACUCGCCAAGGUGAAGCAGUUCGUCAGCUCCACCCGCAAGAAGUUGGUCCGCAUGGGUACGGAUACAUCGGAGAAGCGAGAUCACUCCCGCGUCGGCAGUCUUCGCUCGGACAGUGCAGAUGGAUCGCGUGUCCCAGACAUUGCCACGCGCCGUCGACUCUCCACACCGAAAUCGAGCCCUUCGUCGGCGAAGCGAUCGCUUUCCUUCAAGAGCUCCAAACUGUCCAGCACUACGCCAGCAGAGGGUCAGAAGCAGUCGUCUUCGCGCUCGGAAUGGUUCAAAUCGUUCGAUCGGUUGUCAAGGAAAAAGUCCAGCUCGAAACCGAACCUCACCGUGGAUGCGAAAUCGCCUCCACCGCCACCGAAGCAGGCCAAGAGUUUGCGCUUCUUCGGCGAUACCGAUACGGAGUAUGGCGAUCAGAACGCCACCUCGUACAGAUCGGCACGGAGUAAUCUCUCGAAAACGGAAAAGAAAUAUCGCAGUGCGUACGAUCUGGACACAGCCCCGAAGGUGCGCGACACAGCUCGCAAUCGAUCGUCCUCGUUACACAACCUGGACGAGGAGGAUGAGCUGAGCCUGCGGGGCAAAGACUAUCGCUCGGAGGAACAUUCCAGUACAUUCUACCGGGCAAGAUCGCCAUCACCGUCGGACUAUCGGCCGGAGCGAACCGGCACACCUCGGGACUAUACGCCGGAACGUGUGACCAGAAAGGCGUACCACCAUCACCAUCGAUCGAGGGAAAACAAUAUCGAUCUGGUAGAUGGAGAACGAUCGCAAACACCGGUCCAUCAGCGGCCGGGAAGUCGUAGUCGCAGCGAGCACAAAAAACCACCGUCCGGGCCACAGAAACCGGCCCGGACCUUUGAGCGUCGGGAUAGCUUAAACAGGGACAUUGAUCGCAUUCUGGACAGUUCCGGGACGGAAGGUGAAUCUAGUCAGCAAAGCCAGCGCAGUGUCGUGUUUCUGCAUGCAACAACCGUUGGUGAUAUACCGCAUCCACAGAUUGCGAAUGCACGUCGGCGGGCCUACUCGCGCGAGUCUCUGAACCACUCGGUCGCCUCCUCCAAGAAGGUCCAGCCGAUGACACGCACCGUGUCUCGUUCGAUAUCGGUCCUGGCACCCUGGAAGCCGAAGAACAUUCGCGAGGGAUACGAAAUCGAUUACCACAAAGAUCAGCACCAGACGAAACCGAUCUCAACCUUGCCGCGGUCCGGUGCCACCAGCCGCCAGUCGACGAUCGGCAGCCAGUCCACGCUCAGUCGGCAGCCCAAGCACCGUAGCACUCCAUCGGCCCGUGAUGACCCUGACUCGGACAAAAGCUCUUCGUUUGAGCAAUCGCGACGCCACAGCGCUGACCAGCAGCAGCAGCAACGACGCGCAAGCGGAUCACGCGAAACGGGCGGAUUAGCCACACCGUACGCUUCGACCACGCUGCCUAGCUCGCGCCGUGUGAAGGACUCGAUCGCACAGUAUCCUUCCCGUACGGCGGGCAGUGGCUCUACGCUUAAAUAUCGCCGAUGAAAAAAACAUUACCGUUAACACGUGCAGUAGCUACUGCAGCGGAAAAGCAAACGACGCGGUUAACACUAAUUAAUUAAAUGUAGCUUGUAAGCAUUCACGUUCAACAGCACGCUGUAUUUCGAUUUGCAAAUGAUUCAAACUGCCAUGCUACGGGCGUGAUUUUCCACGAUGCCAACUUUUUGGGGGAAGGGUGCAAAACAAAAAAAAAAAACUGCAAUUCCAAUCAGACUUUACAUUUUAUUUUAAUAAUUUUGUCACUCCUCCCUCCUCUUUUUUUAACAAAACUGAAACCAAGUUUAACCAAGUGUUUGUAUCGCGCACACUUACUGACUGACGACGAAAACGACGAACCCCGUAAAAUGAUUGUUCUUGUAUUGUGUGUGUGUGUAAUAUGCGUGUCGUUCAGGACCCUAAUAAGCUAAUAAUAAAAUAAAUAUUGAAGUAGCAAAAUGUGAUG